GUUUGACUGACAAGGAAAUGAACGAAUCAUAGUUCAGGAUUUUUAUGGGCGUAGACAGUCGUCAACAUGGCGCUGCCCAGGGUUUUCACCGGAGCUCCGUCUAUAUUAAAACAAAUCUAUUUACGCCUGAGCAGCAGCAUGUCUGGGUCAAAUGUCUGGAGUCGCACUAGGGAGAAAAUGAGACUUUUCCCGGAACUUUUUGCACAGUGUGCGAACGAGGCAGCAGUGUAUGGAAAGUGUGUAGCUGCUACCACAACAGGCACACAGGAGCUGAGGAAGGAUCUGUGUGCCAAAGAGUUUGAAGCACUGAAGAUCUGCUUUACCAAUGCAGCCAAAAAAAGAGCCAGAUGAAUGGAAUUCAUCCAGGCUUAUCUGGACCAAUCUCAAGAAGACCAAGUUGACUGACUUUUGAUGCUGGGAACACAGUUUUUCAUGUCGGUGUGGUUGAGAUAAGCCAUUAAGAACUGCCAUAGUCUUUAACGUGAAGACCUGUGUGUGUCUGUGUGUAAAUAAAUAAAUAAAUAAAACCCUGACUUUGAUGUUUCGAUA